AUGUUGAUGUAUGUGGUGAUGGAAGACACGAGUGUAGCCCGUUUGCAGUGUGCAACAAUACCAAGGGAUCACAUGAUUGUAUCUGUAAACCCUUGGAAUAGUGGAUACCACGGAAAUGGAAAGAAUUGUAGUAGAGUUAGUAAUAAAUUUAUUUCAUUCCGUUUUUGCAUUACUUUACUCGCCUGAUAACUUUGCUGAAAAACUAUUAAAAAGAAAAGCCAAUGAUUCCUGCCAGAAAAUUAUUUGGUAUGGUGGUUGGUAUACAUAACGUACUCCGUACUCAAUCAGAAAACAUUUACUACACAUCUCGACUGUGGAGAGACAAAAAUGGCUACAACCUUCCAGGGUGCAUGACUGGGUCUGACUCACAAGAGACCAAGUUACCGACCUACAGGAAGACACUCUGUCUCGGUAUGAAGAUAGGAAAAAACGUUAGCCAGCGAAAUCUCUCUACUCUCUGA